CGCGCCUCUCUGAAGUUUUCAUGUCUAUCAAGAUAUACUGACAGCAGUUUCCCAACAUGUGGUAGUUCUAUACUAACAAUUGCGUUUAUCUGCUCUACAUGGACAGUAACUAUGAAAAUGGAGCAAAAUCAAAUGACUUGAGCAUCCUAAGGAUCUAAUUGUUCUUACUGUAUCCACUGUUAACUUCCGGUUAUUGAUAAAACCUGUACUAGUAAUACGAUGGAUGGACCACUUAUCUACCUGGCAAUGGAUAAUGCAAAAAUAAUCAUCAGUAUAUUAAAAGCAGUACACUUUCGCGAUCUUGCCACAAUAUUUGCCACAAAUAAUGGUAUUAAGGUGACAGUAGAGGACUCAAAAUGCAUUCAAGGAAACGCUUUUCUGCAUUCAGCGCUUUUCCGUGAAUACUCUGUAAAGAAGGAUAUAGUAUCGUUUAGGACAAACCUUGGUGUGCUUGUUGACUGCCUUUCUAUUUUUGGGACUUCAGUUCAAGGACCAUCAGUUUCAUUCAUUUUAUCCUAUAAAACUCAUGGGAGUGCUUUAAACAUUUUACUAGAAGAAAACGGAGUCGUAGCAGAAUGCAACAUUAAAACUAUGGAGGCGUUUGAAAUACUGGACUUUGAUUUUUCAAGCAGUAAUAUCUCAGAUAAAUUCAUAAUGAAGUCAGAAUGUAUGCGUGAAGCGUUCAAUGAACUUGAUACUUCAAGCGAAGUCUUGGAAGUUGCUGUAAUACCACCUCCGGCUGUUCAAUCUCGUCUUCGUUUAACGACGUAUGGUUUCGCUGGAACUAUGCAUUUUGACUUACCUCGGUCAUCUGAUCAAGUAGAAGUUUUUGAAUCUGCAGCUGCAAGUCCUCGGAUAGCUCGAUUUCGUCUUUCGCUUCUACGGCUUGCAACAAGUCGAGCACUGUCAAUGGCUAGCCGUAUUUCGCUGCGUAUCAAUGACCGGGGAUUCCUGUCGAUCCAGUACAUGAUAAAUCUUUCAGACGGUGAAGUUGCUUUUGUCGAAUUUUUUGGAUGUUUGAAGUGAAAUCAGAUGGAAGAUGUAUCAUAAAUAGCUAAGGAGAUGUAAUAGUUUGCUAUAACAAACUGAUUGUUACAAGCGUGUACAGUUCAUUAUAUUUUUUCUUAAAAUUCAUCGACCAGAGACAAAAUAUAAUGAAUGAAAUUUCUCCUCAUACCACAUACGUAUACACACAAUCCAUUAUCUUAACACUUUUCGUUUCACACCACAUGUCUCUUACACACAAAUGCAAAUACCUACUUUUAACAUGAUCAACAUUGAUUGGAUAACCUGUUCAGUAUACAGAGAACUAUGUACCUAUUUAUAUUCGAUAAUUUUGAUGUUUGAUUAUAUUUCUUUGAAAAAGAUUGCCAGGUGAAACGUUGGAUUUACGUCAAAUUCAUUUACUGAGAUUUUACAAAUACAUUCUUCCUCUUUAAUGUGUACAUUUCAGUACUUACUGUUAACGUUUUUAUAUAGACAUAUUAAAAGUUAAUUACAAACAAUAGCAUAUUAGUAUGUUUCUGUCGACAAAAAAAUGUUGAAAGAUUUAUUAAGGAGCAUGAAAUAUUAAACAAUUAUUUUAUUCCGCUGAUAAAACUAAUUAACCAUUCCUUAAGUUAUCUCCUUUCUUUCUAUAAAUUCAGUAAUUAAUUAUGUAAUUUUUCAGUAUUAUUCUCUGUUAGGAUCAAUUUACGCUAUCAAGAUGGAACAUAGAACUUCUGAAUUUCUCAUGAUUGAAAACAUACUUUAAACUGGUGAAGAGCAGGUGGAUUUUUAAAAUGAAUGUUUCCAAGUUAAAAAUUGUAUUAUAGCAUGCUCUCCGCUACAAAUGAACAGUAGUUUGAUUGUUACAAUAAAUGUGUUAUGUUAC